GCAGAGACCAAAGCGAUAACUUGGGUUUGCAAACGCGAGUGCGCCGUCAUUGAAACACAGAAACCACCCACAAGUGAUUCACGGAGUUACUUACGAUUUGCUACUGCCGAUGGGAUACAAGUCGGACACGGCGAAACGGGAUUUUUUGGAACGAGGUUUGGAUUUAGCAAGGUGGUUGGCUAGCUAAGCUAACCGUGCUAGCAGCCUGGCGUUAGCUAGCUUCAAGUCGUGUGUGAUUUUAAACACGCAGGCUUGUUUGUCAACAUAAGCUGACGUUAAAUUGCCAGCGAGCCAGCUAACGUACAACUUUUGCACGGUUUCCAAGCUAACCCACUCGAGCUAACCAUGAUCGCCACCGCUGACCGCAGAAUUAUCAAUCCAAAGUAACAGUGGAUAAAAAGUCAGACAUCUGACUAUCCUUGUCGCCAGAAAGCAGUAAGUUAAGCUGGUUAGCUGAGCUAGCUAACUGGCUUGUUUUACGCACAGUCUAAGCUGCCGUUUGCAUGGGAAUUAAUCAUCCAGCGUGACAACUUACAGCCAGACCCCGUUGGCAGGAUCGUUAUUAACAAGUUAAACGGACGACAAAACAGUCAGAGGCCAACAGGCUUCUCCCUGCACCUGGGAUGGUGCCCUGUGACGGAGUGGCCAUGGAGCCAUAACCCCACCACCACAGCUCGUCAUCAUCUGGACUCUAAGCUGUUUGCCCACCACUGAUCUCACCGCCCACCCCCCGUCUCUCCUCCCUCCCUUCAGCUUUGCUUUGAGCCCUGGACAAGGCCACCACAGCCACCACAUGACUCACCCACUGGAGCCCUAGAUCAAAUCAGUUGAAGCUGAAAAUGAGUGCAGUAGGGGAAAGCCCCCUGGACCCUGCCACGCCAGAGUCACGCAAGAGGAAGGGCUCACCAUGCGACACAUCAGGGCAAAGUCUGGAGAAGCGGAGACGGGAGCUGGAGUGCCGCUACAUCGAGGAGCUGGCUGAGCUGCUGUCGUCCAACAUGGGCGACAUUGCCAGUCUCAGUGUCAAGCCCGACAAGUGCCACAUACUCAAGAGCACUGUGGACCAAAUCCAGCAGAUCAAACGGCGUGAGCAGGAGAAAGCAGCUCUCCUGUCUCCAGAUGACGAGGUGCAAAAGAGCGACAUCUCCUCCAGUAGCCAGGGGCUGGUGGAGAAAGAGGCACUGGGGCCCAUGCUGCUAGAGGCCCUUGAUGGGUUUUUCUUCGUCGUCAACCGGGAAGGCCGCAUCGUCUUUGUCUCUGAGAACGUGACGAGUUACCUUGGAUACACCCAGGAGGAGCUCAUGGCCUCAAGUGUCUACAGCAUCCUCCAUGUGGGAGACCACAAUGAAUUUGUACGCAAUCUGCUGCCCAAAAGCCUCGUAAACGGUGUGCCGUGGCCACAGGAACCUGGCCGAAGGAACAGCCACACCUUUAACUGUCGCAUGCUGAAGAGGCCGCCGGACGAGGUGGACUCGGAAAAUCUGGAGGCUCGGCAGCAGUACGAGAUCAUGCAGUGUUUCACCGUUUCCCAGCCAAGGGCCAUGCAGGAGGAGGGAGAUGACCUGCAGAGCUGCCUGAUCUGUAUUGCCUGUCGGAUACCUCGCACCCAGCCUGUCAGCAGUGAGUCUUUCAUCACGAAGCAGGACCCCACAGGGAAGAUCAUCUCCAUAGAAACUAGUGCUUUGCGAGCGACAGGCCGGGCUGGCUGGGAGGACCUGGUCAGGAAGUGCAUCUACGCUUUCUUUCAGCCGCAGGGUAAAGAGCCCUCCCACGCCAAGAAGCUGCUGCAUGAGGUGAUGACCCAUGGCAGCGCUAUCAGCCCGCUGUACCAUUUCACAUUAAGUGAUGGCACCCCGCUGAGCGCUCAGACCCGCUGCAAGUUCUGCUGCCCCCCCAACCCUGAUGUACAGCCCUUCAUCAUGGGCAUUCACACUAUUGACAGGGAACACAACACUGCUAGCUCUCAGGAAAACACUAACCCCAGCCUUCCACCAACCCUUGGCAGCCUUGCCCAAACUCCCUCCCGCUCCCCAACUCUUCCCCCCGGCAGCAACUCAACCCAAGGUUCAGGCCUCGCCAGCUCAGGCCUUCACCCCAACAACAGCAACGCCUCCUCCCACGGACAUAACCCAGCCACACCCACAGGCUACCUGACGCCCAGUCGGACGUGUCCCCAGCAGGUCAACAGUCCCUCUCCUUUGAGCAGCCCACUCACAGCCACCCCUACCUCUUUUAUGUCUCCCAGGAUGCCACGGGCCAGCCCUGGGUUAGGGGGAAGCCCUCGGGUACCAGGGAACACCUUCUCUCCCUCCACACCAGGCCUCCAUUCCCCAGCCGGGGCACUGAGCAGUGGAGGCAGCCUCAACCGACAGCAGUCUGGUGGUGAUAGUGGUAGUGGUGCCAGCGGUGGGUCAACAACAGGGUCCUUCUCCCUGUCCUCUCCUGUCCCUCAGAGACAAGCCAGUACACCCACCGGCUCCUCUACUCGGCCUCCAUCGGCAAAACCCCCAGAGGGAGGAGAAGGAGGGGGAGAGGACUCUGUUAAAGCCCCCCUUCCUUCUGCCUCACAGCUGGGUACCUCCAGACUCAAUCAGCUCCUGGAUAGCAAUGGGACAGCAGCUGAGUCUAACAACAACAACAACAGCAUCCACUGCACCUCAUCACCUCAUCCUUCUAACCCCCAUCCUGCCCCUCAGUGCCCCGCCUCCCACAGUACGCUAACAGAACGACAUAAGAUCCUCCACCGGUUGCUCCAGGACAGCAGUCCCAACGAUGCCUCCACCACCGCUGAGGAAGGAGUAAACAAAAGCGAAGUUGAUAUCAAGAAGGAGCCGCCCACCAGUCCAGCACUCACCACAGCACCUCCCAAGUCCAGCUCCAGAGAACCACAGGACCACCAGUUACUCCGCUUUCUCCUGGAUACAGACGAGAAGGACCUGGGGGACCUGCCUCCUCCAUCAGCUCUUAGCCUGCAGACGGUCAGGGUAAAGGUGGAGAAGAGAGCCAGCGGGGAGGGAGUGCCCUGCACUGGGUCCACCAUUGCAGCAGGAGGUGCAUCCAAACCUGCAGGAGUCUCCAGCAGCUCGGCUUGCAUCAGCCCCAAAUCAAGUCCCGUAGGAGAGAACCGCCGAGACAGCCGCAAGGACAGCAGAGACUCCGCGAUGUCUGGUGGCCCUGUUGACAUGGACCCUCUCACCCAGCUGCUGCCUGGCCUGAGAGGCCCAAGUGGGGCCAAACAGGGCGGCGAGGAUUCAACAACCCCUGGAGGAGAUCACCAACUCCAGUCUCCGGCCCCCCAGGCCCAGCCCCCAGCUCAGCUCCAGUCCCCCGUGCCUCAGCUCCAGUCUCCCCUAUCCCAGCCCCAGUCUCUUUCCCAGUUGCAGUCACCGUCACCCCAGCUCCACUCCCCUUCCCCCCAGCUCAAACUGCAGUCACCCACCCAUCUCCAGCCCAGUGAGGCCAGCACUCCCCGCAAUGUAAAUGUGAAGAGAGAGCCUCCCGGCACUCCUAACAGAGGGCUCAGUGAUGGCGGACCACCCUCUGGUUGUAGCCUCCAGAGUCAGUCAUCGUUUGAUUUCUGCAGUCCCCCCACUCCAAGCCAGACACAGGCCCAGGGACAGGGAAACCCCUUCCAGACCCCCAAAGACAGCAGCCCCUUCCCAGAGGCAGAAGUUAUCAACCCAUUCAGUUCGAGCACUGGCCUAAACAAGAUGGAUGUGGGAGACUCCCAGUUCCAGCCCCUGGCUCUGUCUGACACCUUGUCUUUUGAUGGUCUUGGAACCCCUUUACAGGCUCCUUUGGCAUCACCACAAGAGCAGUGUGUGCCCUGUACGCUGGAUGAAGUGCUCGGCCCUCCGACCACACCUGAGGGCCGAAACGAUGAGAAAGCCCUCCUGGAGCAGCUCGUCUCCUUCCUCAGUGGGACUGAUGAGAGCGAACUGGCUGAGCUGGACAAAGCCCUGGGUAUCGACAAGCUGGUCCAGGGUGGCUGCUUUGACCCUUUGCCUCAAAACUUCCCAACCCAGCAACCCACUGCCACCCCAGUUUCCAUGGACCCUAAACUCCCCACCUACCCUUCCCAAUUUUCGUCCGCUCUUCAAGCUCAGUUUCCUCCGGAGCUGGCCACGGUGGGGCCGCAGGGUCUGGGGUUUGGAGCCCCGCGGGGGGCUUUCCCCGGUGGGACGGGCAUGGGCCUGAGGCCAGGCAUGACGCGACCGCAGGGGAUGGGCACUCAGCUCAGGCUGCCACCCAACCAACUGCGCCUGCAGCUGCAGCAGAGACUGCAGGGCCCACAGCAGCUCCAGAACAGGCUGGCAGGUAUAAAUCCAUUUCCUGCAGGAGCCCAGCAUGUGAACAUGGGUAUUCGUCAGGGGGUUCAACAACCUCAGAUGCCCUCACAACAGCCUCCACUGAAUGCCCAGAUGCUGGCCCAGCGUCAGAGGGAACUCUACAGCAUCCAGCACCGCCAGCGCCAGCUUUUCCAGCAGAAAGUCAUGCUGAUGAGACAGAACAUGGCAGGCGCUCCGACUGGAGCUGUGGGGCCCAUUGGAACUGCCAGGGUCCCGAAAGGGGCCCCAACAACGCCUCAACAGCAGCAGCAACAGCAGCAGCAGCAGCAGUUCAACUUCCCGUCAGGGUACAGCCCGAUGACGGGAAACCCCCCUACCUCACCGAGUCACUUCAGCCCCAUGUCUGGGGCCCCUCUGGACAACAAACUGUCUGGCAGAGUUCCUCUGAGUAACCAGACGCUGAUGGGCGGCGUGCAGGGCCAGUUCAGCAGCACCGUGAGCUCGUCACUGCAGCAGGGCCUGUUUCAACAGUUCGGAGGGUCUGCUAUGGUCCAGCAAGACCCAUCCUUCCCUCCUGAGAUGAGCCCGACCAGCCCAUUGUUGUCACCUCAAAACUCAACCUCCCAGAGUCCUCUGCUUCAGCAGGCCCCACCUCCUGGCUACCAGUCACCAGACAUGAAGAGCUGGCAACAGACGGGCAUGGGCAGCAACAGCCUGUUCAGUCCGUCAGGACAGAGUGCAGGGCAGGCGUUUGGCCAGCAGGGGGUUUACAACAACAUGAGCAUCACCGUCUCCAUGGCCGGAGGCUCCGGUGGUGUCGGCUCCUUACCUCCCAUGGGGCAGGCGGUUGGCAUGAGCAACAGUAACCUCAGCAACGUCGGUUCAGUGUGCAGCGACCAGCAGGUGCAGCAGGUUCAGGUGUUUGCGGAUGUCCAGUGCACAGUGAACCUGGUUGGCAGCGACUCCUACCUGAACCAGGGCUCCAUCGGAGCUGCGGCCUCCCAGAAGGGCCCCGGGCCGCAGGGCACCCAGAACAACCAGGCCCAGCAGAAGAGCCUCCUCCAGCAGCUGCUCACCGAGUGACACCUCCCACGCCUUCAGCUCUCCUACUCCCUCUACUUCUCACUUCUACGCCUCCUCCUCGGAGGUCAGUGCACCAGACCCAUUGCUGUCUCUGUCUCACCUUUUGGAUGGAUGGAAGGAAGGAAGGAUGGAUGUUUGGACGGCCACAGAGUAGGCUCAGAGAGGUCCGGCUGUCGGUGGAGCUGCACAGCCUAACCACUUCUGUGCUGGGGGCGGGUGGGGUGGGUGGGUUUGGGGGAUUCGGGGCUGGUUGUGUUACCGCCCAGUACUUUAAGAAAAGAUUCAAGUCAGAAGGAGCAGCAGUGUAUUUAAACCUGCCUGUCUAAUCUGUCUGACAACCUGUCUGUCUGCCUCAGCCUAUUAAAGGCAGUGUUGUCUUGCUGCUCAUUCCUCGGUGACCUACUUCCUGCUUCCUGACCCAAGAAAACAACUGCGACAUCAUUGUAGAUUUGCCAAGUUGUCGUCACUGUCAAAUCAGGGCCGGCCUCCUUUUGUUCUUUUCUGAUCGGGCGGUCCCUGUCGGGCCGUCGCAGCAGCAGUGCAUCUUGGGAGCAUGAGUUGCGGCGUACAGCUGCGCUCAGAGUUUUAAGUGUGGGAGUAUCCCGCACAGCAGCACCUCUGGCUUUUUAUUGUUGUUUGUUUUUGUUUUCCUCUGCCUGUCUCUCAGCGAUGUGGGAAUGUUAAGGUUUCAGACCUCUGUGGCAUUGUGGGAUAGAAGCUCAGUAUCAGCUGGUUCUGUGACUGUCUCUCUCUAUCAGCUACAGUGCCUGGUGGAAGUUUGAGUUUUUCCCAAGCUCUGCUUCUUCUUCAACAUAUUAUUCUAUUACGUCUUCUGUUUUAUUUUUAUUUUAUUUUAUUAUUUUUCUUUUUGGUUGAAUUGUUUUGUUUUGUUUAAAAAUCUUCUGCUCUCACCGUCGUCGUCAUCAUCAUCAUCAUCUUCAUGAUCAUCAGAACAAGCUUUGACAACAGCCAGAAUGGAUGGAUGGAUGGAUGGAUGGACUGAUGGAUGGAUGGAUGGAUGGAUGGGAGACAGACAGGAUGCUGCUCAGUUUGGAACUUACGUGUCUUUCUCCCCUGGGAGGAGGUUUUAUUUUUAUUAUUUUCAAAGUAUAAAAAAAAGACUGUUAUGAUUAUUUAACUGUCUGUCCGUCACAUUUGACCCCUCACCUCCGCAGCUGUGAAUACAGAGCCCUGUUGGGUUCUCUCUCUCUCUCUCUCUCUCUCUCUCUCUCUCUCUCUGUAUCUUUCAUGCUAUCUCUCGGCCUAUCAGUGUUGUUUGCCAUGUGCACCAUGCAGGCGGGUAGUAUUGUACAGUACAGAAGGACAAAGACCUGAGGAUGAGUUCACUCUUCUCUUGUAACUGCUUUCCUUAAAAAAAAAAGUGUAAUUAAUUGAUUAUUCACAACAGCAAAACUAUGUAUAAUGUGAUUCGAUCCAGGUUUUUUUUUUUAUUUACUUUUUUUUUUGUAAGAAAAACAAAUUCUAAUAAUGUCAGCUCAUGUUUUUUGAGAUUUUUUUUUUUUUUUUUGGCAUCAGGACAUUGUAAUACCGCUAAAUGUUGCAGUGGUGGAGGAAGUUAUUCCAUCUUCGCAAAUGUGAAAAGAAAUUUUAAGUGACUGACUUUAAAUAUAGCUAGACCUCGCUCCCUUCUGCGUCCCGUUCAGCGCUGCGAGUAGCCACACUUUCCGGCGGGUGGGGGAUUGGUGGGGGUUGGGUUUGAUUGCUUUGCUUUCUCUUGUGGUAACCAGGGAGCUAGUUAGCCAUCUUUUCCUGCUUUCUCCUCUUUUUUUAUUCUUAUGUAUGUACAAUACUUUUGAGAAAAUCUUUCAGACAGUACAUGUGUUUGUAACCAUUGUAUAAAAAAAAAAGCGUAAUAAUACCUUAAACUGCGUUCUUUGCUGUGAUCACGUGACCUCUGGUGAUGCUAACGGUACAGAGCCACAUCAACGCCGUGCCCGUGGUCACAGCAAACAAUGCGCUUUUGGAUAUUGUUCCUAUAUAAUGACAUUUAAGUAGAGGCUUUAGUAAUAGGAGUUCCUAACAAAGAUGUGAUGGAUAAUUAAUUUAAAGCUGUCAUGAAAUUGAAUCAAAACAGGAUGGGGUUGAGUCAAAAAAAUCCAAUUACUUUAUUUUAUUUUAUUUUUUUUAAUUUUCUCCUCACCUCCUGCAAAACCUGUUUCAUCAGUGUUGUUCCCGUCGAGGAUCGUGUGUUUUUUUGGAUUCAACCCUCUCCUCCCUCCACCUCUGGUUCCCUGAUGAAGACUUCACUCCACUGGCUACACACACAUACAGUUUUCUGUUGACUACUGUUGCUCAGUCAGACACUGUCUCUCUCAGCGAUAACAGACCUCUGUUAACUAUACAAAAAAAAAAAAAAAAAAAAGAAAUCCACUUUUUUCACACACAGAGGAUGAUGUGCUGCUCACAGUAACACACCAUACCAGGAAUUUAGAGUAAGGAAAAGCCUGCAGAGACGUCGCCUCAAUAUUCAUUCAAUUACGUGGUUAAAUUAAUGUGACGAUACACAUGUGAUCUUUAUAUCAGGCACGUUUUAAUGCAUAUAUCAAAAAUUGUUUAGGGCUCAGUCUGACACACUGUACCCAAAGGUUUCAAGUGUCGGAUUUUAGACUUCAUCUGAAUUUUCUCAUAAGCCGCCCUUUGUUGUUGUUUUUUUUUUUUUACACAGGACAAAUUUUUUCAGGGAUCAUCCAGUGAUUUGUAACGACCGUCGAGGUCCUCAGCGAUUUUCCUCCAGUCAGAUCUGCCACGUCUGUUCUCCAGCACAAAGUCAGACAUUCCCUAAUUGAACUAAUCCUGUGCGAAUCUUUGUUUUCAGGUCAUUGUUCCUUUAUUUUUUUAAUCGUCCUCCUGUCAUGAAAAAUUUGGAGUGGAAUCCGUGGAGAGAGUUUUUAGUUUUCGUACAGCGCAGACCUCACAUUCAGAUAUUAGGACCUUUCUUCGCCCCCCGAAAAUGAGUUUUUAUUUUAUCUGUCUAAUUCCUCACUCGCAUUAGGUCAACGACAUGCAGUCUGAUGCUACUUCAGUGGAAUAGGGCUUUCCUGUGUACAGUUUUUACAGAGAUACUUCACCAUAUGCAACAUUACCCGGACACAGAGGGAUAGUAUGCAAGGUCGACAUUCCACCCUCCAAUGUUGUAUGAUGUGAGAACCACUUUGUGUACAGCUGGAAUUCCCCGUGUGUGGAUUUAGACGUGUUUAUGUGCAGAUCCAUUCACUUCGUACCCAAACAGUUGCCCAGGAACAGUCAGCAUCUUCAUCCUUUCCUAUUUAUUUGAGUCCUAGAUGCAGAAAAACCUCGUUCCGGACUCAAACAGAUACAGAUUUACAAAGACUUUCUGAGAUGGGUUUUAUUUCUUCUAUUUUUCUGUGUGUAUAUUUAUUAUAAAAGCAUGUGGAUAAAUCAUCAAUAGGCUUUUAUUAAGCACCUUUUUAUUACCUCAUGAUCUUUCCUUUUGACCAUGUUUUCACACUGUGAGCAGCUGUAAAGACCUCGUCAGUUUAGUCUUCUGCAACCUGUUGAAGGAAUACCGUGCAUUUUUCUGCUUUACCUGCUUAAUGUUACAGAAUUUUAAUUUAAUAUUGCUGGCUAUCAAGCACUUCUUUGCUUAUGAGAAGAGCGGAGGAGAGUUUGACUAUGAGAAAAGCAGCAAAUCCUCAAAUUGCAGAAGCUGCAACAAGCAAAUUUUAGACCUUUUUGCUUAUUAAAUGACAAAUAAUCAGUUAUCAGAAUAGUUGGUAAGUUUACCAUCAGUUUCUCAUUUUAAAGACUUGUGCUGCGUCCCAUUUCUUUGCUUCGCCCUUUACCACAUACCUCAACUUUAUUAAGCAUGUUAUGGUUUCUCAGUUUCUAAACUUCCCUCUACCUCCAAACUGAGACCUUUCACUACUAUAAUUGAAAUUCUGGACACUUCAAAUAAAAAGAACAGUAAAGGGCAGUAACACAGAAGUAAACUGGGUGUAAUUUCCUCAUGAAUUAGCCCUCCACGUUGUGUUUUUCAGUUCUUAGACGUGGUUUCCAUUCCACUUUCAGCCUCUGAUGUUUCGUACGAGUCAUGAGCCCGUCACCCUGCUCCACAGUGGAGUUGUUUUAACCCUCGCUGCUCCCUUUCAGGAGCAGUAAGAUGACACCCAAAGCAAACGCAGGGUUAAAGGAGAGAACUGGGACAACCUGCACUUAAACGCUCCACUUUGGCACUUGAAAGAAAGAGAAGCACUUCGGUCAUUGAGCGAGGAAGCGGAAAAGUCCGACGCGCAGUUGGUGCUUAGUGACCAGACUUCGCUCAUGUUUCCACAGUUGCUCCGUUUGAUGGAAAAUUUGCUGAUUUCCUGUGAAUGAGAUCACGUUUCUCACAGUGUGAAUGUCAGACGAUCCUGUGCCACUGUUUGGUCGGUAGAAACUACUCAGAAGCUGCACAAAGUGGGAAGAAUGUAUUUUUGGAAGGUUUCCGUCAGUGUCAGCCUCCUCUAGUUUAUCUGCCCUGAUGAUUUCAUCAGACAGUAUUGAUACCCCGCCCCACCUCCACCCCCCCAACCCCUUUCACUUUUCUACGUGGAAUAGGCAUUCCUAUGGAAAUGGUUUCCUCUACAACCCUGUUAAAUGCAGCAACUGUCAGCUUAUCCUGCAACAACAACAACAACAACAAACAAACAAACAUGCCAAAUACAACCAAUGCAUCUGUAAUCUUUUUUUUUUUUUUAUGCAACAGCCAUUCAAUGGAACCGACAGUCCCUCCCUACUCACUACAGUUAACAGGUACAAGGUUAGGUUCUUUUAUAACAUUGGUUUUCAAGAUGUUAACAUAAUGUAUAUAACAGAGAAAUGUGAAUAUGUAUUUGUUCAGAAUCAAACAAAAAAAGUAGUGCUCCGAGUUUGUGGUAAAUAACUACUCGCCUCCGUCAUGUUUUUAUUUUAUGUUUUGAUUUUCUACUUUUUUUAAUUUUUCUGAUGAUGUAUGUAUGUAUAUGACUAUCAGUGAGUGCGUAUGUAUGUGUGUAAGUGAUUAAUACUGUAUAUCUGGUGUUCUCUAAGAUGGAAAAGUCGAAGAUGUCCUGGUUUGAUUCUUUUCUUCUUUUACUCUUUAGACCCUGCACAGUACCUGUGGGUGUUUCAGAUAACUAUGCCAGAGAAUGGUUUAGCGACUGCUGAAUGUGAUUUUACUGAGAGAGAAGCAGUGUGGACUGGCUUUUUGUACGGGUUAAUUUAAAAAAAAAAAAAAAAAAGGCCAUAUUAUUUAAUUUUCUCUGUUGUCAAAAGUUUAAGCAGAUCUGGGAGAGUGGAGCCUUGGUUUUUACGGAGAAGCAUUGCCUGGUUGUUGUUGUUUAUGAGUGGGCUUUUUUUUUUUCUUCUUCUUCUCUAAUUGUCUGACUGAUGUAGCCUUUUUUUUUUUUGCAUUUGUCAAUAGAAAAUGACCAAAGCUUCAAGAUGUUUGAUGGAUAUCAUAUGCAAACCUCAUCAUCACUGGACAAGACAUAAUGUAGCGGCCCUGUGUUCAUUCGGAUUUCUCUCCCUCUCACACAGCAGCGUGGUUUUGCAUGUUCGUCCCUUCCUCGCUCGUUACUUUAUAGACACGAUCUGUCCUUUAACGUGGCCUAUCAGCAGCAACCUGCGCGAUGUCCCAAAGUCAGGUCAGUUUAGAGACGUCUCCGCUUUGCCAGUGAGGUCUUUCGAGCCUGAAGUGCUACCAUUCGUUUACAGGAAAAAAAAAGAAAAAAAAAGAAAACAUUGCAACCGUUAGCUAUGCACCUUACUGAAACGAGCAUUUCCUCCCGUUAACUUAACACUGGAGCAACUCGGAGUCAUUCACAUCAUAGGCAAGGUAUUUACCGUUAGUUCACACAAGACGGGAGCCUCCCUCAGUCAGUCAGUGAAUUUAGUCUGGUGACUUUAGUUGAUAUCUGAUGACCUUUCUCAGCUUAUAAUCUCAUUCUUGGAAGAAAAAAAAAAAACAACACGUCUUUUUUUCCAUUAACUAAAUACUUUAUACCAAACUUGAGGUGCCUCGUGUAUAUAUUUUCUGCAGUGAAGUUUGCUCCUUUGCUGUUUAACAGUAAUAACCUUGUUAACCAGGGUUUUUUUUAAACCUUUUUUCACCUUUAUAAAAAAUACAAAAAAAAAGUUUACUGUAUUUUAAAUGACUUUUUUACACACGUAGAAGAUUAAUCAAAUUAUUCCAGGAAUUUGCAAAUACAAUCUAAUUUUGCACUUUAUAUCGGAUUUACUUGGAGUGAAAAGGCCAUCAGAAACUGUCUCAAUCAGAUCAGUAUUUGGAGAUAGAAUAAAUAAUGUCCCCUGAAUGUACCAAGAAAAUCUUAGUUUGAGUAGUUUAAUUUGAAAUUAAUGAAUUGCUCAGGUUCUUUAUGAAGAACUCGACCGUAGUGGAUACCCAUUAUCCAGAUAACGACUAAAAAUUGUACACACUUUACCUUCUUUGUAAUGUAGUUCUCUCUCUGUCUCUCUCUCUCUCUCUCUGUCUCUCUAUCUCUGUCUACACCAACUGUUCCUCUGUAUAAAUACUAUGCCAAUCUUCUUCAGGUGACGUCCCUGCCCUCCUCUCUGCGCUGUCAGCUGACGCCAGGCGUACUGUUAAAAACCUCCUCUAGCUUGAAUCUCAGAACAUUCCUGCUCACAACACAGUUUCAGCAACCGUCAACACUUUGCUCUGUAGCUGCCGCCGCCGCCGUCGCCGUCACCGAAGCCGCCCGGCGUUCGCUUUCCUCUCCCGCAGCUGUGAACGUGUUUGUCCUCAAACCAAGGUUUGACACUCACUCUUUAUUAGUAAAAGUCAGGAGUUUGGUUGUGUGAGACUUAACCUCUGCUAUCUAGCAACAAUUGUGCACUGACAUGAAUGACAACACACUAACUGUGUUGCUUGUCUUCUCUGUUUUGCUUGUCUUGUCACACUUUUGUGCUGCCUAAUGUUUGAGUAUUUAGCGAGGUGCUGAUACCAGGAUCGGGCAGAUGCCUGGUGAAGGUGAAUCGUGUUUGAUGUCAGUGUAAUUCACAGCAAAAUAUAAACAAAACAACUAACACACCAAGUAUUUUCCACAAACUAAAGGAGGAUACAGUCUGAUCAGCUUAGAUGUUUGUUUUUCUCUAAAGCUUAGUCAGAAAUAUUAAGUAUUGUCACUUGUCAUUGGUCCAGAAUGGUAUUUGUGCACCGCUAAGAUUCUCCAUAGUCCUUUAAAUCAUUACUCCCACUCAUUCCUAAUGCAGGUGUUCAGAUCUCUGAUCUAUGUGAACGUUACCACAGUAUCAGUUGUCAAGUGUUGUUAAGUGCUGCCUUAUUGGGACUGAGGUUGGAUAUGGUUCGGAGGUUUGGAAAGAAGGUUUUUAUUAUUAACUCACCACUUUGUCUUGUUUUGGGGGCGGUAAUGCUUUCUCUGGAGAAUUUGAGAAAAGAAAAAAAAAAAAGGCCAAGGUUCCACUUUCUCCCUU